CAAUUAGAGGGUGAGAUUAGCGGAGCCUACGCAGGUUCUUCACCCAUAACCACAGGUGUAAACCUGAAUCCUGUUCCUUGUGAGAGAACUGGUGAGUGUACCUUCUCCGUUUUUGUUGGGAGCGUAGCGACGACGCCACCGUUGCUUGACGCUUCCUGACGGCUCGCUCAAUUUAUGUGCUUCCGCAGCGUAUGAAACACUUCACCGCGGCAGUGAACGCUGAUGGCGUCUCUCAGGCUGACUCUGAGGUCCCUCGGCGUGUCGCAUAGAAGCUGCCCGCGAUUCCCUCUUUCGCGUAUUACGUCGAACACCUUUCGAGGGUUCGCCACCAACCUUUCUCCGCCUUCCAAGGCCGUCGUCUACGAACAGCAAGGGCCCCCAGAUCAGGUCACCAGGGUAAUUGAUCUCCCGCCCGUGGAACUGAAAGCGAAUGAUGUGUGCGUCAAGAUGCUUGCGGCUCCUAUCAAUCCUUCAGACAUCAACAGGAUAGAAGGUGUUUACCCUGCGAGGCCUAUACUACCUGCAAUCGGAGGACAUGAGGGGGUUGGAGAAGUAUACUCAGUGGGCUCUGGUGUGUGUAAUCUCUCAGUAGGUGACUGGGUCAUACCAUCUCCUCCAUCCUUUGGAACAUGGCAAACUUAUAUUGUGAAAGAAGAGACUGUUUGGCACAAAAUAGAUAAAGAUGUUCCUAUGGAGUAUGCUGCGACCAUUAAUGUAAAUCCUCUGACUGCUCUGCGGAUGCUGGAAGAUUUUGUCAAGCUGAGCCCUGGUGAUACCAUCAUCCAAAAUGGUGCUACGAGUAUUGUGGGACAAUGUGUUAUUCAGCUUGCUAGAAUUCAGGGUGUCCAUAGUGUAAAUAUUAUAAGAGACAGAGUUGGAUCAGAAGAAGCUAAAGGAAAACUUAAGAAUCUUGGGGCAGACGAGGUGUACACUGAAAGCCAGCUGGAAGUGAAGAACAUCAAGAGUCUUCUGGGUGAUCUGCCAGAACCCAUCUUAGGAUUCAAUUGUGUUGGGGGGAGUGCUGCUUCACUGGUUCUCAAGUUGUUGAGGCAAGGAGGCACCAUGGUAACAUACGGAGGCAUGUCAAGGAAACCUGUCACUGUACCUACUUCAGCAUUCAUUUUCAAGGAUCUUGCUCUGCGGGGAUUUUGGCUGCAGAAGUGGACAAAUUCAGAGAAAGCUAAAGAUUGUAUACCAAUGAUAGACCACAUUUUGACCUUGGUGAAGAAUGGCAAGCUUAAGUACGAGAUGGAGCUGGUUCCUUUGGAAGAUUUCAGUACUGCACUAGAUAAGGCACUUGGGAAAUCAGGCAGCCAUCCCAAACAGGUUAUCAGAUUCUAAAUCACAGAAACUCUUUGUGUAAAUGAUGAAGAGGCAUUUGCAAUAAACAGAUAUGAAACAUUACCUGUAUCUGUUUUGUGUUAAUUUUAUCAUUUCUUUAUAUUUUAGCUUCAACUAAGUAAUAACCAGAUCAUUGCUCCAUGAACUGUGACUAGCCAAAUAUGAUAUUUUUACAAGUAGCUAAUAAAAGUAUCAGCUUGGCAUUACAAUUAUA